GUCAGAUGUUGCUGUUGAGUCACCCCUGACUGGUAAUAGCCAGAUAGCGGAAAACAGCUAGAGAUGAUGCUGGAGAGUUCGGCAUCUUUGAACCAUUCCAGAGAGUGAAUAAAUGCGUUUUUCAAUUAGGAUAUCGCCUUGAGCAUUUGUGCUUUACUUUACAAGACUGACGUUUAAUCAAAAUGAUGGAAGAAAUUGACAGAUUUCAAGUACCACCAGUAAAUCCAGAGAUGAAGCUGUUGGAUCCUGCAGAAACGUCCACUUUGGAGGCUGAAACAGGAACGAGAGAAUCAGAGUCAGUCACCAUCAACUACAAGCCCUCUCCACUGCAAGUGAAGAUAGAGAAACAGCGAGAGCUUGCGAGGAAGGGCUCAGUGAAGAAUGGAACUGUGGGUAGUCCAGUAAAUCAGCAGCCCAAGAAAAAUAAUGUUAUGGCCAGAACAAGGUUGGUUGUCCCUAAUAAAGGCUAUUCAUCCUUAGACCAGAGUCCAGAUGAGAAGCCACUUGUAGCACUGGACACUGACAGUGACGAUGACUUCGAUAUGUCCAGAUAUUCAUCAUCUGGAUAUUCCUCAGCCGAGGUGAGAUGUCUAAAUUACCAGCAAAUAAACCAAGAUUUAAACAUCCAGCUGCUGAAGGAUGGCUACCGACUGGACGAAAUCCCAGAUGAUGAAGACCUUGAUCUCAUCCCCCCCAAAUCAGUCAACCCCACCUGCAUGUGCUGCCAAGCCACUUCCUCCACAGCCUGUCAAAUUCAGUAACCCCAGCCUUCCUUGGACCCCUCCUGUCUCAAGCCUGUGAGUUAAACUCACAGUUAGCACCCUCAGCAUAGAAUUAACAACUAAAGAACAAAAAAAAAAAAAAAAAAAAAUAGAAUGGGUGUAUUAAAA